AUAUGUGAAUACGACAAGAGCAAGUUUAGGGUAUCCAACACCUAUUGUCAACAUUGUGGGCAGAGAAGCAGCUUAUACGACGGAAACGUCUCAGACUGUUUUGAAGGUGUUUACGGAUUUUCGCAAUUGGUCCUUCCGCCUGAGACAUCUCGUGGGCUGCACAGUUACUUUAGAAAAUGACAUCACCACUGUCGAGAUUCCCAAAAGUGCUAAGCAAGAUUUAGCCGAGGUCAUUUCUUUGAAUCGGACUAUGAUUGCUUGGGCGACAGAUGUGAAUUUAUCCGCUGAUAGCCAUCUUGUCUGCGAGGAGAACGAAGGCUUUUACACCACGCAAGUUUUGUCGCGUGGAGCCUCGAGAAAGGCUACUGGAGCUUCCUUCAUUGUGAUUGAUGGCGGUCUAAAAACUAGCGGAUUGCAGAUUUCUGUGGUUGAGGAUGGAGUAGCCAUCAGAAUUCCUACAGAAAAACUGGAAAACCUGUUGUCGGCCUUGAAUUCAAUGCAGGUAGUUAUUCGAUUUCUUUACUUUCUCUAG